CGAUUGAUUUCAGUGUGUGCGUGAUCCGCCCGCACCGUUUCAUGCAUGACUGGAGGAAGGUUUGAUUUCGACGAUGGAGGGACUUACUGCGGCGGGUGGGAGGACGGCAAAGCCCACGGUCACGGCAUCUGCACGGGGCCGAAGGGCCAGGGCGAGUACAGCGGCUCCUGGGCGCACGGUUUCGAGGUGGUGGGAGUUUACACCUGGCCCAGCGGCAACACCUACCAGGGCUACUGGACCCAGGGCAAGCGCCACGGACUGGGGAUAGAGACCAAGGGGCGCUGGUGCUACCGGGGAGAGUGGACACACGGCUUCAAGGGGAGGUACGGACUCCGCCAGAGCCUCACCAGCCCGGCCAGGUACGAGGGCACCUGGAGCAAUGGGCUGCAGGACGGGUACGGAGUGGAGACCUACGGAGAUGGCGGAACCUACCAGGGACAGUGGGCUGGAGGAAUGCGUCAUGGUUAUGGUGUACGCCAGAGUGUGCCGUAUGGAAUGGCCACUGUCAUCCGCUCACCACUCCGCACCUCCCUGUCUUCACUCCGCAGUGAGCAAAGCAAUGGCACUAUUCUACACGAUAUAUCUGCAGAUAGUCCAGCUGGUACAAGGGGUGGAUUUGUCCUCACAUUUCACAGUGACACAGAAUUAAUGACUGGCAAGAAAAAGGGUUUUUUUCGAAGAGGAUCACUCUUGGGAAACCUGAAGCUUAGAAAGUCUGAGUCUAAAUCAUCUUUAGCCAGCAAACGCAGCUCGGUUCGGAGUGAAGCAUCGAUGAGCAGAAUAAGUUCAGCAAAUAGUGAUGCCAAUUCAACAAUCAGUUUUGGAGAAGGUGAUUCUGAAUAUUGUCCAGUUGAAGACCAUGUUGAUGCCACCACAACUGAGUCAUACAUGGGGGAAUGGAAAAAUGAUAAACGCAGUGGUUUUGGUGUAAGUGAGCGCUCGAAUGGUAUGAAGUUCGAGGGAGAAUGGUUGAAUAAUCAAAGGAACGGAUACGGAUGUACGACCUUUCCAGAUGGCACAAAGGAAGAAGGAAAAUAUAAAAAUAACAUUUUAGUACGAGGAAAGAAAAAGCACCUUAUACCCCUAAGAACCAGCAAAAUUAAAGAAAAAGUGGAGAGAGCCAUAGAAGGAGCGCAUCGAGCUGCAGCAAUCGCUAAAACAAAAGUGGAAAUAGCAGCUUCGAGAACAUCACAUGCAAGGGCCAAAGCUGAAGCAGCAGAUCAGGCUGCACAAGGUGCACGCCAGGAAUCAGAUAUUGCAAGAGGAGUUGCCAGGGAGCUUUCACCCACCUUCCACCAGCCAGGUUUAGAAUACGUUAAACAGAGAAUGCAAGAGGCAGUGGGGUGCACUGAGAAAAGAGAGGAACCACCACAUCCCAAAGAGAAAAAAACACCUUCACCCAAUGAUACUCCUCAUUUCUACAGGAAAGGCACAACUCCAUCACACAGCCCCGAACAGAGUCCUGGUCCCACUCCCCCUCCUUCACCACCAGUGUACAAGAAAAUGGCAAAUGCAAGCGGGAAUAAAGAGUCUGGUAGUAAUGUAAGCAAGGAUGCACCAGCAAACCAGCCAGCGGCAAAAUACCCAUCCAAGAUGAGUGCUAAACAAGGCAAAGACGUGAAACCUCAGCAAAAGCCAGCAGUCUAUAGUCACCCCAGUGCUGGUAAUGGACAGGUGCAUACCGAAUAUCACAGUUACUUUGUCCGUUCAGAAGUGAAACUGCCACCUGAAGUUCCAGAGGAAGAUGCCAAUCCUCCACCAAUAGGGCUAGGACGGCUACCACCCCCUACGAAGGCCACAGCCUCACGGUUACCGGGUACGAAGGCCCCUGUCAAAGAAAGCAAGUCUGAGCCAAAACAGAAGAAACCACUGACCACCACAGCUCCUGAACCAAAAAAACAAUCAAAACCACUAUCAAAAUCCCGUGCGAUUAAAGAGGAAAAAACAGAAGAAAUUGUAGAGUCAAGUCCUAAUACUAUCUUGGUCAUCCUCGUAAUGCUGUUGAAUAUUGGUUUAGCCAUUCUUUUUGUCCAUUUCCUGACUUGACAAGAGUUUGCCCACGUGAAAAUGAAAACUAAGGGUGUAAGCCCACAGUUCUCUACAGCUGUGCCAGCAGCCUUAUUAUUGACAACAGACAUGCUGAGACACAGGGAAAGAGGCUUGGAAUUAGAAUGGGACACAGGAAAGAUGAGACAUGGAAAUUAAGUCAGGGGCUGAUGUGUGCCCCUGUGAUGAUUUGUGGUUCUGGAUCCUCUGAAAACUGAAGCAAGUGGCCAUGUUGUGGAAAAAUCUGCUGAAACAGCCUAACCACUGAAGUGCAUGGCUACUCCAUCUGCUAUAGCGGAGUGUGGCUUAACUGGAAAUGUACAGACUGCACUUUUGUUGAUGGAAGCUAACAGCUGCCUUACUUUUUUACUGUCUUGACGUUUAGUUGGGAGAAAGAACGGCUGCCAGAGGAAUGUGGUUGGACGAUUCUGUGCUGUGGAAGCAAUUUCCAGUGGUCACUCCUAUCUCAUUAGAAGAGAUGCAUUAGCAUCACUCAACCAGUCUUACUCCAUUACCUUCUGCUUCUAACAUCUCGUACAGUGUUCUGGGAGAUUAAAUAAAAAGUUCCCACGCUUUUGCAUGCAAAUUAUAAUUUUUCUGUCACACUUUACACUUUUUGUCUAAUGUGUAGAAUAGUUAUACAGAUCGACUGAGUGCAUUUCCUUUGCUUUCAGUGACAGAGUUGGAGCCUCCAUUCAGUUUGAUAUAAUCACUUAAGUGCUGGUGACCAGUGACCCAAAUUAUUAGACUUGUCAACACUGAGAACCAGCAGUUAAGGGUAUUAUUUGCAUGUAGGAAUUAUUUAAUUUGAAAAGAAAAGUGACGUAAAUGUUAUUGUGUUGAAUACAUUCAGGUAGAGCACUGUAAUUCGAAUGUUAACAAAGUUGAUGCCUUUAAGUCUUUAAAAAAUGAUAUAAUGUUUACCUCAGACAUAUUUGCCUCUAAGGUUUUCNUUUUUUUGGAAUGUUUGUGAAAGUUUUCAUUGUCUUAAUCAUUUUAAGUGACACUAAUUAAAAUAAUGUGGUCAAAGGUUGAUUUGUGUACCAUUACCAUGUAACACCCUUUAUGUUAUUGUAACGGCAUGUUUAUUUCAAAAGGGUUCAGUAUUUGGUGUGGUUCCUUUUAGACGAGAACACUAGAUUUAUUUUAAACUUGGAAAAAAAAGCAAAGGGCUACAUAAAUUAAAAUUUUUUAUAUAUGUGUCAAAAAAAGUUUCGUAAUCCACAAGUACUGAAUUUAAAUGUAAAUUGUAUAAUAGUUUGCAUGGUUUACUGCAAAAAUGUUUUUAUCAGUGCACUAUUUUAAAAUUGACAAUAUGAAGACAGUACUGUUUGUGGAGUGUAUAAAUGCUGCAUAAUUUAUUAUCUGAAAUCGACCUGAUUUCAGAUCAGUAAUAGAUGAUGUUUUUUGCAGAGGUGUUUUCAGAAACCUAUGUGUGUGACCAGUGUGAAAUGAAGAAGAAAAACAGAAAGACAGAAAAAAAGGGAAUGAAUGGCCAAUGUACAGCAAAUCUGACCAUGCUUCAAAUGGAGAUUUAGCUCACACAUUUAUGUCCUUGGGUCAGUGCAAAUGUGAAAAAAGCCUAUGUAAAAACUUUUUGUCUGGCACAAAAAUCAGAGUUGUUGGGAUUGUUUUUUUUGAGAACUGAAAUUCACCUUAGUAAUUUAAUUUAAAAAAUUUAUAUGAAAAUGUAAGCUUUUUUAAGAAGCAUGAGCCAGAUACAACUGGCAUUUUUCUAAAUGUGCACAGCUCUAUUUUAGCAUGGAUUACUUUCUUUUUUUUAUGAGUGACAUGCUGUACACUGCUAUAUAUUUAUCAGAUAUUGCUCCAAGGGGACAACACUUCACUGUUGUCAAUAUAUUGUUAUAUAUUCUAAUAUUUUGAAUGUCCUUUCCUUUCCUGGUAUUUUAAGGCUCAGAAUCCUUUAAGUCUGUUCUUUGUAAACUCGCUAUCCCCUAUCUGUUCUGUACAGUUUUCUUGACUGUAACUGCUUGAGAAUAAAACUAUUUGUUCCUACAGUUGCUCUGUGUGUGCCAGUUCCCUGUCAGUCUGCUGCACGUUGCUCAUGAUCUGAACGCUUACAAAUAUUAGUUGCUAAAUAAAACAUUUUAGAAAUUGUAAUUCAUUAUUUCCAUUGGGAUUAAAGUGAUAGGUCCUGGCAACAGAUGCUCACGUGUCCCUUUGUGCACUAUUUUUUUGGGGGGUGGGCACUAGUACGGUGCUUUGAGAGAAUAGUGGGGGUGCAGAUGUACACCUAUUAUUUUUUCACCCAACGUUAACUAGUUUUGGUAAUUUAUUAGAGAUGAGAGACUUCUCACUCUCUCCCUCUGCAUGCGCACACAGAGCAAAGUCAGCCUCGUCCUCUCUGGCACUUCUCCCAAGAACGUUACUGAGUGGCAUUGGCAGAUGCUUGGGAGCAGUUGCCUCUCUGAUUUCUUAGCAAGUCGUAUGAAAAGAGAGAGGGAAAUAUAAAUGCUAUAACAUUACCAUGCAUUGAUGUAUUUGACAAAUUCAUCGGCUGGUGGUCGGUUUGGGAAGAAACAAGAAUUAAAUCUGCACACGAGAUUGAUUCCAACCAAGGUUUAACCGAGUGUGUAGAGUUUUCAGUUUACUUGUACUCAGAAAUGAUGGUUUUAUAAAAGAGCACUCCGGUAUUGUUACGUGUAUUUUUAAGGUCUUUUGACUUUCUUCAAUGCUCGUAUUUUGUAAUUUACAUCACAGCACAUCUGUCUCACUAACUGACCUAGUUUCAGCAUAAAAUGACAUCGUGUUUACCUCA